AAAGAUUCAAUUCAAAUUUCACGCUCCGCCCAAAACCCCAACGUUCUCUCUCUCACACCCCUAAAGAUCUCAACUUUCUCUCUCUUGCUAAUCGAACAAUCAACGGUCAGAAUUCAAUCUUGGCACCUUCUAGUACAAUAUAAGUGAAAACCAACGGAUUUGAUUGAUUCUGCGUUUGGCUCGAGAAAAUUUUUCAGGGUAGUAGCUUCUCAUGACUUCUAGGAACCAGAAUCGGCCUCCUCGAAGUCCUUCUUCUAAGAAGGAAGGGGUGGAAAGUAUCCCAUUAGAUAAGCGGAGGAGGACUGGGAUGGGAAGAACGGGAGGAGCCACGAACACAGAACGCAAGCCAUUUGGUUCUGUUAACAAAAAGCUGGAUGUUGCUGCCACCAGUGAUGUGGGAAGCUGUGUUGAGGGUUCGGAUUGUGGCAAUGUUGAGUUUACUAAAGAAGAAAUUGAUGCGCUGGUGAAUGAGAGAUUGAAGAUGAAGAAGUUUGAUCACAAGGGUAAUAUGGAACUAGUGAGUGAACUUAAUGCCAGGCUCAAGGUUUGUAUCAAAUGGUUCCAGAAGAGGGAUGAAGCCCAUGUUGAAGGGGAAGGAAAGCUUCAAAAUGCUUUAGAUGCUUUGGAGAAGAAGUGUGCUGAAACUGAGGCAGAGAUGAAAAACAAGGAGGAGAGAUUUAGUGCAACUAUUAGUGAGCUGAGGCAAGAUAAUACUUGUGUACAAGAGAGACUUGUAAAAGAAGAAUCAGAAAAGCUGGAUGCAAUUGCUUGUCAUAGAAAGGAAAAUGAAGCAAGAAUUGCAUUAGAAGCUUUGCAGGCUUCUCUAUCGAAAGAUCUUGAGAAAGCCCAACAAGAUAUUUUAGUUGCCAAUCAAAGAGCUGCCUCGGUUGAUGAUAUGUACAAGCGAUUACAAGAGUACAACUUGAGUUUACAACAGUACAAUAGCAAGCUGCAUUCUGAACUUCAAGUUGCUCGUGAGUCUCUAAAACGUGUAGAAAAAGAGAAGUCUACUAUAAUGGAGAACCACAGUACAUUAAGGGGUCACUAUAGUUCAUUGCAGGAUCAGUUAAAUUUAGCCAGGACUGCUCAAGAUGAAGCUUUGAAUCAGAAAGACACAUUAGCAAAUGAAGUGAAAUGUCUCCGAGGAGAGUUGCAGCAGGUUAGAGAGGAUCGUGAUCGCCAAGUAGCUCAAGUGCAGGUUUUAACUUCUGAAUUGGUGAAGUAUAAAGAAAGUACCGGUGAAUCCUGUGCAAAACUAGAAUAUCUGAUGGAAAAAACAAAAUCCUUAGAGGAGACAUGUUCUUCCCAGAGGGAGCAGAUAUGCCUGUUGGAGCAUCAGCUCACUGCUACAAAUGAAAAGCUAAAGAUGUCUGAUUUAUCUUCUAUACAAACAAGGGCAGAAUUUGAAGAGCAAAGGAGAAAUGUACAUGAUUUACAGGAGCGCCUAGCAGAGACAGAAUAUCAGCUAGUUGAAGGAGAGAAAUUGAGGAAAAAAUUGCAUAACACUAUCUUGGAGCUAAAGGGGAAUAUUCGAGUAUUUUGCAGAGUGCGUCCUGUGUUGCCAGAUGAUGUUGCUGGGUCUGAGCAGCCUGUCAUUUCAUAUCCUACCUCAACAGAAGCUCUUGGCAGAGGCAUCGAUGUAAUACAAAGUGCAGGACAGAAAUAUCCUUUUAACUUUGACAAGGUGUUCAAUCCUGAUGCUUCUCAGCAAGAAGUUUUUGUGGAAAUAUCACAGCUUGUGCAGAGUGCCCUUGAUGGCUAUAAGGUAUGCAUCUUUGCUUAUGGUCAAACAGGUUCAGGAAAAACUUAUACUAUGAUGGGCAGGCCAGAAGCUUCAGAGCAGAAGGGGCUGAUACCACGCUCUUUAGAACAAAUAUUUCAAACAAGUCAAUCCCUUAUAGCACAGGGUUGGAAGUACAAAAUGCAGGCUUCAAUGCUGGAAAUAUACAAUGAAACCAUUCGUGAUUUGUUGUCAACAAAUAAAUCGAGUGGUGCAGAAAAUGGAGCUCCUGGAAAGCAGUAUACCAUCAAACACGAUGCAAAUGGAAACACCAAUGUCACUGAUCUUACAAUUGUGGAUGUUUGUAGAAUAGAAGAGAUUUCUUCUCUUCUUCGGCAAGCUGCACAAAGCAGGUCCGUUGGUAAGACCCAAAUGAAUGAACAGUCUUCAAGAAGCCAUUUUGUGUUCACAUUGCGUAUAUCAGGAGUAAAUGAGGGUACUGAACAACAAGUGCAAGGAGUUCUAAACCUCAUAGAUCUUGCUGGAAGUGAGCGACUCUCAAGGAGUGGGGCUACUGGAGACAGGUUAAAGGAAACUCAGGCCAUUAAUAGAAGCUUGUCAAGUUUGAGUGACGUGAUAUUUGCCUUGGCAAAGAAAGAGGACCAUGUUCCUUUUAGGAACUCAAAAUUGACUUAUCUUCUGCAGCCUUGUCUAGGAGGGGAUUCCAAAACCCUGAUGUUUGUCAAUAUUUCCCCGGAUCCUGCUUCAGUUGGCGAGUCCCUUUGUUCCCUUCGGUUUGCUGCCAGAGUCAAUGCUUGCGAAAUUGGGAUUCCUCGACGCCAAAUGACUGCUCAAAUGACAUCUUGACCUGCAGAUUUGCACUUGAGUUAUGGCUAAUGCUCAAUUGCUUCUGUUGUGUGUAUCGCCACACCUUGAUUUGUAACAGAGUAACUUCUAUUUAGGGUCAUUGAUGUGCCAUUGGGGUGUUUGCAAUGAGUUUGGGUAUUCCCCUGUAGAUGCUAAUAAUUUGUACUCUUAGAACUACAUGUUGAGGUUAGGAUCUUUGUAUUAGCUCAUUGUUAUAGGAGUCAUUGUUGGCUAAGUCAUAAGUCGAAUGCCAGAAAUCACCAAUUGGAGAACACAGGUACAAAGGAGGCUAUAGAAUCUAACCGGUGAUUCUAAAAGAUGAGUUUUCAUUUUUACAAAGUUAUGUAUAUCACUUUCACAGCCUAUCUUUGUAAGAUAUUGUAAUGUUAGUGGUUUGAUUCACUUUGGUUUGAAA